GAAGGGGGGCGCGCAGGGGGCGCCCCGACCGUCGGACCGGACAAACAUCAAGUUGCGUCAUCAUGGACCCAAACAGUAGCCUGACUCGGGCCAACGGACCCCCGCAGCCGCACGCGGACACCGGGCCGUUCUCGUCGGAGGAGGACAGCGGCCUCUACUUCACGUACGGCGGUGACCGCAACCAGCUGGAAGUCAACAACCUGCACUACGAGGUGGACGCGGCGGCGCAGAUUCCCUGGUACGAGAGGCUGUCCGAGUUCAAGCUGCCCUGGGAGGUGAAAGGCCACAAGCGGACGGCCAUCGACAAACUCAGCCUGCGCGUCCGCAGCGGGCAGAUGCUGGCCGUCAUUGGGAGCUCGGGCUGCGGCAAAACCUCGCUGCUGGACAUCAUCACGUGUCGCGACGAGGGCGGCGGCGUGACAUCCGGCCAGAUUCUGAUCAACGGUCGCCCCAACACGGCUCAGCUGGUAAAGAAGAGCAUCGCGCACGUGCGCCAGGACGACCGCCUCCUUCCUCACCUCACCGUGCGCGAGACCCUCGCCUUUGUGGCCAAACUCAGGCUGCCCACGCACUUCACGCAGGCCCAGCGUGACCAGAGGGUGGACGAUGUCAUCGCUGAGCUGCGACUGAGACAGUGUGCUCACACCAGGGUGGGAAAUGACUACGUAAGGGGGGUGUCCGGAGGGGAGCGGAGGCGGGUCAGCAUUGCAGUCCAACUCCUCUGGAACCCGGGUAUCUUGAUUCUGGACGAGCCCACAUCAGGUCUGGACAGCUUCACGGCCCACAAUCUGGUCAUCACGCUGUCCCGCCUGGCCAAGGGGAACCGUCUGGUUCUGCUGUCGGUCCACCAGCCUCGCUCAGACAUCUUCCGGCUCUUUGACCUGGUGGUCUUACUGUCCUCGGGCUCGGCCGUGUACUGCGGUGCCGCCCGGGACAUGGUACCGUACUUCACGGCGCUGGGCCACCCCUGCCCGCGCUACUGCAACCCGUCUGACUUCUACGUGGACCUGAUCAGCAUAGACCGCCGUAGUCCGGAGCAAGAGGCCCAGUGUCUGGAGCGGGUCCGGGUGUUGGCGGAGCAAUUUUCGGAAAAGGUCCGGGACACCGAUGACCACAUGUGGAACGGCGGGACGGGCGUGGCGCACUCUGAGAGAGACGGCGUUUGCGGCAGCUCCCCGCCGCCCGUCGAGGCGCCAGAGGACCAUGUCGUGGUCAUCUCCAAGGGAAGGGACCGACCGCCGGGACGGCUCCGGCAGUUUUCCAUCCUCAUUAGGCGCCACAUGUACAAUGACUACCGAGACCUGGUCACCCUGCUGGUCCACGGCCUGGAGGCUCUGCUGAUGUCCCUGCUGGUGGGCUUCCUGUACUAUGGCGCCGGAGAGCAGCCUCUGUCCAUUCAGGACACCGUGGCCCUGCUCUACAUGAUCGGAGCGCUCACGCCCUUCGCCGUGGUGCUGGACGUCAUAGCAAAAUGUCACGCGGAGAGAGCCAUGCUCUACCACGAGCUGGAAGAUGGCAUGUACUCGGUGACCUCCUACUUCUUUGCUAAGGUUCUGGGGGAGUUACCCGAGCACUGCGUGUUCACCCUGGUCUACGCUCUGCCAAUCUACUGGCUGGCGGGCCUGAACGAGGCGCCGGACCGCUUCCUGCUCAACUUCCUGCUGGUGUGGCUGAUGGUGUACUGCAGCCGCGCCAUGGCGCUCUUCGUGGCCGCCGCGCUGCCCACUCUGCAGACCUCGGCCUUCAUGGGCAACUCGCUCUUCACCGUCUUCUACCUGACCGGGGGCUUCGUCAUCAGCCUGGAGAACAUGUGGCUGGUGGCGUCGUGGCUCUCUCACACCUCCUUCAUGCGUUGGGGCUUCCAGGGGCUUCUGCUGGUGCAGUUCAGAGGAAACAAAUACCCCGUCACCAUCGGCAACUUCACCCUGAACGUGGACGGUAUACACGUGGUGGAGGUGAUGAACAUGAACCAGUACCCUCUGUACUCGUGCUACCUGGUGCUGCUGGCCGUGUGCUUGGUCUUCAUGGCGCUCUACUACAUCUGCCUCAAAUUCAUCAAGCAGAAGUCCAGUCUCGACUGGUGAAUGUGAUUCAUCGCAGCUCGCAAGGUUUUACAUUUGGCAGAUUUCGACGCCACGCAAGCCAGCUGUGGGAAAUAAUCACAAAUUAUGCUUUUCACAAAAACAUGAAACUAUGGUGGAAAAAGUGAAGCGAUUACCUUUUUUUUGCCAGUCGAACCACAUGUUGGCGUACCGCAGUCUGCCGCUCGAUGGCAGCAGAGCACCGCAGUAACGUUGAAGUAAAUCACGUUCGAUUUUUGCAUGUUUCAUUUUGUAUGGAUGUAACGUUAUUAGGCUUAACGGUGUAUGAAGUCUGUGUGUGUGUGCAUCAGUAUCAAGUCACUGAAGGAAAAGGCCUUGAAGAUAAUUCAUCCCAAAAUAAAAAUAUUGUACUUGUA